AUGGGCUGCUGCUUUUCAAGAAAUAGCAAUAAACUCGCCCCAGCUGAAGCUACUGAUUCUAAUUUAACAGAACCCUCCACUAGUCCAGAAAAACUUCCUAUAAUUUUAAGAAACAAAAAUCAAAAGAAAUUCCUAUCCAAAUUUUCAAUCCUAAAGACCUAUAAAAAGAAAUCCAAUGGAUCAAUUUAUCUUGUAAAAGAAAAAAAGACUAAGAAGUGUAAAAUAAUAGAAGAGUACCACAAAAACAAUAAAAACCGAUCAGAUAUAAUUAAUGACCAUCUAGAAAACUUUCAAAGCCUUGAUCAUCCAAAUAUCAUUAAAAUAUUCCAAAUUGUAGAAACCAAAUUAAAGGUUUACUUCGUAAGAGAAUAUUGCUCAGGAGGCGGACUUCUUGAGAAAAUCAUCAAAACUAAACAAAUAAGCAAAAAUCAAGUGGCAAAGUAUAUUCGUGACAUUUUAAAUGUAGUGAGCCAUUGCCAUAGCCAAGAUAUAGCGAUUCAAGAUUUGAAUCCAGGGCAUAUUUUACUCGACUCAAAAAAUGAAAAUGCAAAUAUAAAGGUCGUUGUGGGAAAAGUAAAGGAAAAUAAUUUAUCCAAAAAAAGCAUCACAGACGUAAUUUUAAAGUAGAUUUGCUAUAUGGCACCAGAAAUGUUUAAAGGAGAAUAUAGAAAAGAAGCUGAUGUAUGAAGCUGUGGACUAAUUUUAUGGACUUUAAUAUUCGGAAGGCCUCCCUUUCAUGGCAAAACUCGUAAAAAAGUAAUUGAGUCUAUAAAUAAAGGCCUAAACCUUACAGAUAAGGCUUGGGCUGAGAUUUCUGAUGAGCUCAAAGAUCUCAUCUCAAAAAUGCUCGAAAAAAAUCCUGAAAUCAGGAUUUCAGCCAAAGAUGCUUUAGAGCACCCUUGAAUUCAGGCUAGGUCUAAUAAUCAAGUCCCUGAUAGAGCAUGUGCUAUAGACGUAUUAUCUCGCUUAUCAAAAUUUAAUGUAUUUUUUAUUUAGGCAAAAUCACAUGUCCAGAAGGCUAUAUUAGAUUUUAUAUCUUACAAUACAGCUUUAGCAAGAGAAGAAAAAGAAUUAAAAGAAACAGUUAAAUCGAUUGACGAAGAUGGAGAUGGCAAGCUCAGUCCUGAUGAAAUUUAUAAAGCUUUCAAAAUCUUGCUGCUUGGCUCUAAAGAAGAAGCAAAUUCUGUGAUGGUAGCAUGCGAUAAUGAUGAAAGCGGACAUAUUAAAUAUUCUGAAUUUAUUACUGGGGUUUUACAAUGGGACAAAAAAAUCCAUGAAAAUCAGUUAAGAGAAAUUUUUACAAAUUAUGAUGCAAAUGGAGAUGGGAUUUUGACGAUUGAAGAGCUUAAAGAAUGUGUGAUUGGAGAAAAAGGAAAAGAAUGGGAGCAUUUCUUAGAUGAUAUGAAAGUUGAAAAUAAUCAUUUAAUUACCGCUGAUGAAUUGGGAACUUAUUUUCAAUCCAAGUUUUAA